UGGCAGCAUAACGAACUCUGUCCGUACCACCACAUUCUGAGCAUAUACUCUUUGCCCAGUUAUUCAUCAUAAUGGACCACUUUCCGACCAGCUGGGGACGUCCUAGAACCGAAGCAUAUGACGCGUACAACACUUUCCCUUUGCACCAGCGACCGAAUCCUGGACACAAAGAUGCCUUCGCGGAAGGAGUUCAACGCACACAACAACCGAUUGUAACUGGAACGAGUGUGCUAGGAAUUUUGUACAAGGACGGGAUUAUGUUGGUAGCCGAUACACUCGCCUCGUAUGGCUCUCUUGCCCGCUUCAAGUCGAUCCAACGUCUCCACCCAGUGGGAAGUUCCACCGUCAUUGGUGCAUCAGGCGACAUGUCCGAUUUCCAAUACCUCCAAACGCUUCUGGAGGAACUGAUUAUAGAGGAGUUCGCUGAAGCUGAUAAGCACGAACUAGGCCCAGCAGAGAUCCAUGAAUAUCUAUCACGCAUAAUGUACGGGCGACGAUCGAAGAUGAACCCUCUUUGGAACUCAUUGCUUGUUGCUGGUAAGAAGGAUGGUAAACGCUUCCUUGCAUACGUUGACCUCCUUGGUACAACAUACUCCGCGUCAACCAUUGCUACUGGAUACGGCGCCUACAUUGCCCUUCCUCUCUUACGUACCGCCGUUGAGGGCAAGGAGGAUACUUUGACUGAGGAAGAGGCACGCAAGAUCCUUGAGGAUGCUAUGCGAGUACUCUUCUACAGGGAUGCACGGAGUCUGGACAAGUACCAAAUCGCCAUUGUAAAUGACGAGGGUGUAACGAUCUCUGAACCCAAGAAGAUCGAGACUGAGUGGGGUUUCGCAGAAGGUAUUCGAGGCUAUGGCGCUCAGAUUCAGUGAUCUCAAUUUAAUACAUGUCCGCCGGCUGUAUCCCAUACUUCUUCUCUUGUACACCUCGCAUACGAAUGAAUUGAGAUAUAUGGCCUUCAAUGAAGCAAUUCAUGUCCAUGAACCAAUGGCAUUAGUGGCUAUAUACAAAGGAGCGAAAUAGAUCACAGUCGAACCAU